AUGACUUUCUCAGACGCUGAAAAGGCUGCAAUUGUCUCCAUCUGGGGAAAGGUAGCCGGCCACACCGAUGAGCUUGGAGCAGAGGCUUUGGAAAGGUAAGGCUGACACGUCUGAGUCUUAUUUAUAUUGAUUUAUUGUGAAAAAAAAAAAAUAUAUGCAAAAUAUCCAAUCAGUAAUGCCAAGUUAUAAAAAAACAUACAGAAUCAUUUAGUGAAGUAAAACAUCUAAGUGAAUUUCAAAUUUAAGGUUAAACUAGCUGAACUGGAUAAGUUCUCUAAGUCAGUAAUGCUUUUGGUUUGGCUCCUGUGGCCUUAAAUAUGAAAUGACACUUUAAUUUACCUUGAAAUUUUACUUUAGUAAGUAACCCUAAAAAAACAUUUAGCCAUUCUUUGCUUUUGUAGAAAAUGUGCUCAGUAAAGCAACAUACUUGUACAACCUUUAACAUGUGUUAACAUGACUACAUAAAUUGCUGGGACAGGGAAUUAAGAAUUUUAGGCCAAAAUAGUCAAAUUGGAUUAUUUUUCCUCCUGGCUUAUUAUAUUUCCAGGUGAGAUUUUUUUUACCUUAAAUGCGCAGUUCCCAGAAAAAUGUUCAACAAUUAAUGAUUUGUUUGUGAAUAAUGCUGAACAUAACUGAUGUGUUGGAUAUCUUUUUGUCUGACGUUGUUUUAAUCCACUUUUUCUAAUGUCAAUUAAAUGUGUUAAAGACUAAGAAAUUGUGAUGAAUUUACAAAUAACUACACGAUAUACGCACAACAUCUGAGUUGGAAUUGCAAUUGUAGCUCUGACAGAAAAAAGAGCCGUAACAAGUUUACUCAUAAAUAUAUAAGUGAUCCAUAUGCAUGUUUCUGUUUUGAACAGGCUGUUUCUGAGCUACCCUCAGACCAAGACCUACUUCAGCCAUUUCAACCUGAGCCAUGGUUCCCAGGAUCUCCGCAGUCAUGGUGGAAAGGUUUUGAAUGCCAUUGGAAGUGCUGCCAGUCACUUGGAUGAUCUUAGCGGUGCUCUGUCUACCCUCAGUGACCUCCACGCUUACCAACUGAGAGUUGACCCUGGCAACUUCAGGGUAAGAACUUAUUGUUAUUUUUUGCUCCACUGUAUAAUGAAAUUGGGUAAUUUACAAGCUGACACACCAUGAAACAUAUAGUACAAAGAACAGAAUCCUGAUUCUGCCUCUAUUUCGUCUCUGGUUAUAUGGUCAUUACAUUUAUUAUAUUUCUUGGGAAAUAUUAGUUAAAAUAUUUGGCCUAUUUUGGGCAUUAUUUCACAAUCUUAUUUGCAUUGGUAAUGUUCAAUAAUGUAGCAAAGCUUGCAAUGAUUAUUCCCCCUGUUAACAAGGAGUUUGCCAAAUAUGCCCAGGUACACACAGAUGCACGGCCAAAUUGGCAUGUCUGGCCCAUGUUUAAGUAUCUAUGGGCACUGAAAAGUGAAAAGUCAAGAUUAUCUCUGUAUACAUAUUUAUCACUGGUCUGUGUGUGUAUAUCUAUAUAUCAUAUAUGUAUCUAUAUAUAUUUUUUAUUUUGAAUAUAAUUAUUUUAAACCAACAUUUUUAAGUAAUAUUGGUAACACUGUGUACACAGAAAUAUUCCACACAUGUCUAUGCUCAAUAGUGUUUUUUAAGUGUUCUGUGCCUUGGCCUACUAGAAGGGUAAAUAAAUUAAAUAUAUUUAAUAAAGCAGUUUGGUGUUAAUGUCUUAAAACUUCCAGUAAUUUAUAACUAAUAUUACAUUCUAAAAUCCCAGAUUUGAAAUAGAUAUUACUGAUGUUUUGUAACUUGAUCAUACUUAGCAAAGUAUAACACUUAUUUUGUUUCUCUUGUAGCUGCUGUCUCACUCCAUCCAGGUCACUCUGUCUGCUCACUUUGGAGCUGAAUUCACUCCCACUGCUCAAUCAGCCUGGGACAAGUUCCUCGCUGCAGUUUCUGCUGUUCUGGUUUCCAAAUACAGAUAA